GCAAGAUGGCGUCCCUGGAUCGGGUUAAGGUCUUAGUGUUGGGAGACUCAGGUGUUGGGAAGUCUUCAUUAGUUCACCUUUUGUGCCAAAACCAAGUGCUUGGAAACCCAUCAUGGACUGUGGGCUGCUCAGUAGAUGUCAGAGUUCAUGACUACAAAGAAGGAACCCCAGAAGAGAAGACAUACUAUAUUGAAUUAUGGGAUAUUGGAGGCUCUGUUGGAAGUGCCAGCAGUGUGAAAAGCACAAGAGCAGUAUUCUACAACUCUGUAAAUGGUAUAAUUUUAGUCCAUGACUUAACAAAUAAGAAAUCGUCCCAAAACUUGUACCGUUGGUCAUUGGAAGCUCUCAACAGGGAUUUGGUGCCAACUGGGAUUUUGGUAACAAAUGGAGAUUAUGACCGGGAACAGUUUGCUGAUAACCAAAUUCCACUAUUAGUAAUAGGAACUAAACUGGACCAGAUUCAUGAAACUAAGCGCCAUGAAGUUUUAACUAGAACUGCUUUCCUGGCUGAGGACUUCAUUGCAGAGGAAAUUAAUUUGGACUGCACAAAUCCACGGUAUUUAGCUGCAGGUUCUUCUAAUGCCGUCAAGCUCAGUAGGUUUUUUGAUAAGGUCAUAGAGAAGAGAUACUUUUUGAGAGAAGGUAAUCAGAUCCCAGGCUUUCCUGAUCGAAAACGAUUUGGGGGAGGACCAUUAAAGAGCCUUCAUUAUGACUGAAUUGCACUCCCCCUUUGGAAGAGUGAGCAAGAGUGAUUACUACAAAAUUAUAUUAAAAUUCUACCCUUCAGCCUCAGCAUUUUAUAGAAAGCGAAUGGAAGUGACAGCUUGGGAAUCAAAAUUUUGUCCCCGUUUUCUCUGUUCCUCACCUCUUUGUCCCUGUUUAGAGGUUACAUAAAAGCCUUGUGGAUACAUGAGAUGUUGUCAGAAUGAUGCAGUAAAUGAGCAGUGACAAAGUGCAGCAGGGAAAAUUUACUCUUGCUUGGAAUUGGGAGAUUUUUAUAGGUUUUUAAUUUCCCCACACUCAUUGCUGAAGACUUAAUUAAGUACUUCAAAAAUGUAUCUCUAUUGUUUUUACCUUCUUAAAGGGAAAGGUUAUGUUAACCAGUUCUGAAUUGUCCACCCCAAAUAAUCUCUGUCAUUUUCAAAGAAAUAAAAUGGUGUUAUUUAA